AUGGAUACGUUGGAUACAUUUAUCGACAAUUUAAGUGACGAGGAGAAAGAAAAUUUUGAACGUUAUUCUCAGUUUUACACUUCGUUUGGUAAAAAUCAGAUGCAACCUCAAGGUAACCAUCAAGAGCGGAAUGAUAAUGACGAAAAUAAUAUCGAAGAAGACUCUAUGGGCAUUUUGAAAUCGUUAAAUGUGGAUGAUCUUUAUGAAUCCACGGAUGAAAUCCAAUCUAUCAAAAAAAAGAUGAAACGAAGUAUUGACUCGCCGUAUAAGGAAGUAGGAGCUUACAAAAGUACGUCGAAUAAUAAUAGUAAAAGCAAUAAUUGUGAUGAAAAAAAUCCUAAAUCAAUCCAAAACUUGUCAAAAAUUGUUAAGGACAAAAGAAUUGUGUGUCAUUUUAAUAACUAUAGCAGUAGUGAUGAGAUAUCCGAAGAUGAUGAAAAUGAAUUGGAAAAAGAAGUAACGGAAUUAGGUAGAAUUCCAUCUCGCCAACAAUGCGUUAACAUCAAUGAAAUAUCGACAAAAAGCAAUUUUCUAAUUAAAGAUUUUAAAAAAUGUCGAUCAACAGUGUUUUCUGUUGAUACUAGCCAUAUGCCACAGGGCUUAGAUUUAUGGAACGAUAUUGAAAAAACGAAACAAAAAUGUAAUGUUGUAUGUGAAUAUAAACGUUCAAAGUUUUAUAGAUCAUUAGAAAAAUCUCCUAUUGAGUUUUUUUACCUAGAAGAAUAUAAAAAAAUAAUACCGGAUAAAAAUUGUGUAAAUUUAUAUGACGCCUUGAAUUCAUUUCAGGUUCAACAAAAUUACACAAUAAAAUUUGUGAAAUCAAAAUUAGGAGAUAACUUAAAACUGUAUAGCGCCAAUUCUGACGUCUGUUGGGACGUCGUUCAUUUAGAGUCCAACACCAAUCAAGACCUAUUAAAGUAUAAAUUGUCUUAUGGUCAAAUUCCAAAGAAUUAUAUUUCGGAAGUAGAAACUAUAGUUUGCCGAAUUUUAUUCUGUAAAUUAGCUAGCAAGGGAAAAAAAUCCACCGAUAAUCCAAAUCAAUUUCAGAACGAGGAUUACGAUUUGCUUGAAGGUGAAUUAGAGUUGCUUAUUUUCAAUUAUUGGCAAUUGUCUACGAGUGAUAUGUUAGGAUACAAAGAGCAUUUAAAUCGCAAAAAGAAAAAAAUGGUGUUUUAUUAUAUGUUUAAAAAUUUGGAAACAAAUAUUAUUCACAAUGAUUUCGGUAGAAAUGAAAGACGAAAACAUAAGUUUAUGAACAUCUUGAAACUGUACAAAUCGUAUGCGGCGUUUGAAAACCCGUCAAUAUUGACUGCCGCCGGUUUGGCAUAUGUAAAAAACUCUGCGAGUAAAUUAGUUCCGUUUUUGGGAGAACAGUAUGACUUGUGGUCAGGUUUUUUUCAUACGUUUAAUAUGCACAGUACGGUUUUUGAGCAUACGGUUAAAGCUUUGUUAGAGGGCCGAGACAAUAUUUUUAGAUAUUUAUUUUCGAGAGUAUUAGAAAUUGAUAAUUUCAAUAUUGCUGGUACUAGUAAAAGUUUGUGGUUUCAUGGGGUUACACAAAAAACAACCCCUGAACUGGAAGACACAAUAAUAAAAAAAAAAGAUGUGGCCAAUUGUCUUAGCUUUUAUUUUUGUCGAGCAGAAAAUGUGCCAAGAGCACUUUGUGUCAAAUUUGACAAUUAUUAUUUUUUAUAUAUUGAUUUAUUUGUAUCGUUUUUAAUAAAUACAAAUUUGUAUAAAUAUCAGACAAAAUUAACAGCAGAUAACUGCAAACAUUUUUUUUUAUUAAAUGACAGGAAUUUUCAUGAAAUUUAUCUACAAAAUUUAAUUCCAUCAUUUGAGACCAAAACAAUGGUAACCUCGAUGAUAACUAUGUUGAACAAUCACUUAAAUGCCCGUUUAGACGGACAAUUUACGAAGAAAUUAAAAAUGGACAUCGAUGUCACUUAUAUGUUUUUUAAACUAAUAUAUCUUCACUUAAAUUAUGCACUGGCGCCCGCGAUGCUGCGCGAAGGCCCCGCUCUCACGGACGUGCAGUGGGCUAGCAUCUUUAUAUCUGACUUAGAUAAAAUGGAAAUGUUUUAUCUAAAAGCCUUGGCAUGGAGAGAUAAACCAUGCAUGUUGGGUGGUGCGGCAGAUGAUUUAGAUUACAAUCCGGAAACCGAAGAUUUGGAGCCGUUACAAAAUGUAUGCCAUGCUGAUGUUACGUGCAGUGAUGUAACCGACGAUGAAGAAAGUUAUUUCCAUUCUUCUGACAGCGAGACAGAAGGAUUGGACGAAAUUAUUGAUAAGAUUUUAAUUGAAAAAAAAAAAGAACGUUUAUUAGCCGAAUGCGAAUAUCUCAAAGAAAAUCGAGAACAAGAAAUAUUUAAUCGCAAGUUAUCUAAAAUAAUACAAGACCGCAUACAAAAGGUUGGGUAUUUUAAUAAAUUAGCAAAAAAUGCACCCAAAAAAACUGCCACGGAGAGGAAAAAUGUUGGCCAUGUUGAAGUUGAAAAACCGAUGGUGAAUAAAGUAAAAAGUGUUAUGACAUUAAAAGAUGAGCGUGAAAUGGUGGCUGCUGGUGUGUUGGAUGUAUAUUUAUUAAAAAAUAACGAAACAUACGUGAAUAGUCCUGACGCAUUGAAAGUGUUUGGAUUACUCUCUAAAGACAAAAUUAAGGCCAGUAAAAGUCCUAAACAAUGUGUUUUAUGCCCGAAUAGUAAGGUCGCGUCAUUCAACAUGUUGGUUUCAGCAAAUGUAGCUGUGGCAUGUUGUUUGACGUGCAUCGAACUCGUGGCCAAUAUCAUUAAGCAGAAAAUAUACUCAUAUGAACAACUACAGGAAGUCUUGGUAUGGCGUAUAGAACUCCGUUUUAAAGCACCCUUAUUAUUUAAUAAAAACCUGAAUAUUUUGACUCGAAUGCCUCGAAUGUUUUCGCAUAAUGAUAUGUACUGUUGUACAUAUAACAAACUUCUCCCCAACUACGGAAAAAUUCUAAAAAGAAUUGAUGUUUUCAGUCAUCAUUCUGAACAUGUUAAUCGGUCUUAUUUAUGA